AUGAAAUGCAAUAGGAAAAUUGAAAACUUUAACCCUCUCCUGACUUCUGCAGCCUCAAGCAGCCCACGGACUCGUUCCAUGUUCGCUUUUACACCCUCAGGGACCAGGAAGACCUUAUUCAAAAGAGAGUCUUCUAUAGCACACCACCUGUAUGGAGACAUUUCAAGAGAAGUUCAAGGCACUUCUGAGAAUGGAGUCAUUUUUCAGAAAUGUGCGGUGGUAAGUGUCUGGUGAGAUUGGCCUACGGCUCACGUGUGGCUGCUGGUCAACAACACCAGGUUGCCCUCGGCCGCCAACCUCUCGGACCUGGUGCUGCUGGACAAUAUCACCGGCCUCACCGUGAGGGAGUCGGCUGGAAAUAAGACGUCGGAAGGAUUCCAGGCUUUCAGAAGGAAGUUUCUGCAAGCUGGAGAUGCCUUUGCUGUCAGCUACAUAGCCUCGCUCGUGGCCCGACAUGUCAGGGACGGGGAGACCCUGCUGCUCCCGGCCCAGCUCACGUUCCACAGCUCGUCACAGAACAGAACACAGCUUAAAGCCCUUUUCGCCAUCACAGCAGAAGAAAAGGUAACGGUUCUACCAAACCACGGUCUCCACGCAGCAGGAUUUUUCGUUGCCUUCAUGGUCUCUCUUGCCCUGACCUGGAUCACGCUUUUCUUCAUGGUUCGAUAUCAGUGUUUAAAGGGAAACAUGCUUAACAGACAUCGGGUUCAGCACCAAGGGAGCAAGCUGGAACACUCCCAGUUCACCUCGGCCGAUGGCGUGAAUGAGGAUCUUGCUCUCAAUGACCAGAUGGUAGACAUUCUGUCUUCCGAGGACCCCGGGAGCAUGCUGCAAGCCUUAGAAGACUUGGAGAUUGCAACCCUAAAUCAGGCCGACUCCAAUCUGGAGGCUUGUCGAACCCAAAUCAGCAAAGACAUCAUUGCCCUUCUACUGAAAAAUCUGACCAGCCGUGGCCAUCUCUCCCCACAAGUAGAGAGGAGGAUGGGUGCUGUUUUCAAGAAGGAAUUUCUGUUGCUGGAAAAUGAAAUACAAGAGGAGUAUGAUCGGAAGAUGGUGGCGUUGACAGCUGAAUGUGACCUGGAAUCAAGAAAGAAGACAGAAAGCCAGUACCAGAGGGAGAUGGUGGCAAUGGAGGAAGUGGAAGAGUUGCUGAAACGUGUUAGUGAGAGGUCGGCAGCCGAGUGCAGCAACCUCCUGCGGACCCUGCAUGGCCUGGAGCAGGAGCGUCUGCGCAGGGCUCUGGCCCUGCAGCAAGAAGACGACUUUGCCAAGGCGCACAGGCAGCUGGCCAUCUUCCAGAGACACGAGCUGCAGAGGACCUUUUUCACUCAGAUCCAAAGUGCUCUUGUCAAAGGGGAGCUGAAGCCUGAGGGGGCUGAAAUGCUGCUGCAAGAUUAUUCAGAAAUGCAGGGGAACGUGGAAGAGUUAAUGGACUUUUUCCAGGCUACGAAGAGAUACCACCUAAGUAAGAGAUUUGGUCACAGGGAGUACCUGGUUCAGAACAUGCAGUCGUCAGAGAUCCGCGCCCGAGGCCUUCUGAGCGCGGCUGCUGCUCAGCUGACCCACCUCAUCCAGAAACACGAGAGAGCUGGGUACUUGGAUGAGGAGCAGAUGGAAAUGCUGUUGGAACGGGCUCAGACGGAAGUCUUUUCUAUAAAACAGAAGCUGGAUAAUGACUUAAAGCAGGAAAAGAAAAAGCUCCACCAAAAACUGGUAACUAAGAGAAGACGAGAAAUGCUGCAAAAGCACAAGGAGCAGCGGAGGGAGCAAAUGUCCAUUGGAGAGGCCUUCCGAGUGGCCGAGGAUGCCAGCCAGUACCUCAGCCAGUGGCGGAGUGUGAUGGUGGACCACAGCGCCGCACUGGAGGAGCUGCAGGAGCGGCUGGAUCAAGCUGCCCUGGAUGACCUCCGGGCCCUGACCCUCUCGCUGUCCGAGAAAGCCACUGAGGAGCUGCGGCGCCUGCAGAACUCAGCAAUGACCCAGGAGCUGCUCAAGCAUAGCGUGCCCUGGCUCUUCCUGCAGCAGAUCCUGGAGGAACACAGCAAGGAGAUGGCUGCGAGGGCCGAGCAGCUGGAGGGCGAGGAGCGGGGCAGGGGCCAGGAGGGCGUCCAGAGCUUGCGGCAGAGGCUAAAGGACGAUGCGCUCGAGGCCUCAGUGGAGGAGCAGGCGGAGCUGAGGCACUGGGAGCAUUCCGUCUUUAUGAAGCUCUGCUCUGCCGCCGUCUGUCUGUCUGAGGAGGAGCUGCUCAGAAUGAGGCAGGAGGCCCAGGGCUGCUUCGCUCAGAUGGACCGGAGCUUGGCCCUCCCUAAAAUCCGGGCCCGGGUGCUGCUGCAGCAGUUCCAGACUGCAUGGCGAGAAGCAGAGUUCCUGAAGCUGGACCAGGCCUUGGCUGCUCCCGAGCUGCAGCAACAGUCCAAAGGGAGAAAGCAGCGCUCCAAGAGUAAAAGCAAGAUAGAACUUUUGAAGAAGUGCCUUGAAGACAAAAUUCGCCUCCUGGAGGAGCAGGCCCCUGAAGACCUGGUGGAGAAGGUCCAGGGAGAACUGCUCCGGGAGAGAGUGCAGCAGCUUGAGGCCCAGGAGCAGCGGUUCGCAGAAUCCAUCGUGUCCCUGCAGUUCCAGAAGGCCGCCAAGACCACCAAGACGCUGUCGGCCUACACCGCCCUCCUCAGCAUCCAGGACCUGCUGCUGGAGGAGCUGAGCGAGUCGGACACCCUGACCAAGUCGGCCUGCACCCAGAUCCUGGAGUCACACAACCCGGAGCUACAGGAGCUGGAGAGGAAGCUGGAGGAGCAGCUGGUGCACCAGGAGGGGGCUCAGCAGCAGCAGGCCCUAGCAAGCUGGCAGCAGUGGGGGGCUGAGGGGCCCGGGCUGCUGAAUGAGCCUGCGGAGGUGAAUUCUGAAGGGCUGGUCUCUGCCAUCCUGCGGCAAGCUCUGAGCAAGGGCCGGAAGAUACUGGAGCACCACCGGCAGAGUUUGAGAGAAGAACAACAGAACAGUGUCAUGCUUGAAGAUUUGCUGGAAAAUAUGGAGACCGAUACCUUCCUGACCCUGUAUGGCCAGGAGCUGAGACUGACGUCUUACCUCACGAAGCUGGCGAUGGUGCCGGGGGCCACGCUGCGCCGGCUCCUGAGCGUGGUGCAACCUGCGGCCUCACAGCCCGAGCUGCUCGCGGCCCUGGACGCUGUCAUCGAGAAGCACGCCAACCACGCGGCCACUGCGGAGAGCGGCGGAGGGGAGCAGGCCGACCUGGGCAGGAGAAGGAAACACCAGGCCUGGUGGAAAGCCUUAGAGGGCAAACUGAGAGGAGAUCUGAUCAGCAGAGGGCUAGAGAAGGCGCUCUGGGCUCGCAGGAGGAAGGAGAGCAUAUUGAAGAAGACGUGCCUCCCUCUCACCGAGAGGAUGGUAUUCCCUGGGAAAGGAAGUUGGCCCCACCUGUCCCUGGAACCCCUUGGCGAGCUGGCCGCCGUCUCCGUUGUAGGGGCAGACACCGUGGACUUAUUAAACACAGGCGAAAAGAUCUUUAUAUUCAGGAGUCCAAAGGAGCCGGAGAUCUCAUUGCACAUUCCUCCCAGGAGAAAGAAGAACUUUCUGAAUGCCAAAAAGGCCAUUUGGGCUUCAGGCACGGACUAGCCCAAGGGAAAGUGCCACAGGGGAGUCUAAAGACAGAUUUAUCUUCUCCUGCCCGUGUGUAUGUGUGUGUGUGUGUGUGUUUAUUGCGUACAACUUGCAAAUAGAAAUUGCAGAUGCAGAAGACACAGACACACCUGACAAUCCGCCACUCUCCGGCCUCUCAGGGACUCACUUUCCUCUGGGGCUCAGGAACAUCCAGAUGGCCCACUCUCUUCAGCAUCAUGAGGAACGUGGGACUAGCCCAUCCACAUUCAGUCCCCAGUCCCCAAGGAUCUAGAAGAGCGGGUGUCCCCACCUCAAUACACCACACUUCUACCUUCCAACAUCCGGCUGAGUUACGGGUUGUGUGUCGAAGGCAACAUUUCCGUUCUUGUUUUAUGUUUGUUACAUAUCCUAUUUUUAUAAAGGCAACUUUUAAAAAUAGAUGUAGCUUACGCAAAGCUCUUCACAAUGGAACUAGUUCUUGCUUCACGUAGAAAACUAUUUAGUUUUAAUUACUCCUUGGUUUUGGGUACAUGCUGUGGGGUCCAACGGAGAUCUUGGCCCUCUUUCCUUCCCGCUUGAUAACAAGUGUGCCAGCCACUGGGAUAUAAACUGUGCAGUGCAAAUCAGAGUUAUUUUUCUCAUUUUGUAAAUGAGGACAUUCAGAGAUGUAAAAAGGUGAAAGGACUGCCAAAGUCCAUAAACCUAAUAAAUACCAAAAUCAA